CAACCAACGUACAGGUUCCUCUGCUAAUGCGAAGAGUAUUUCUGAGCUUCAAAUGACUUGAAAAAAAAAGAUUAUAUUUAUUCAAUGACAAUAUGACGGGGAUUUUGAAUAACAUACGAUUUAUUCUUGUUUUAAUCGCUGUUGUUUAUCUUCUUAAUAUGACAAGUUUAUCGUCUGUGACAGCACAAGAGACUGAUGACCAGCCUGAGUUAAAAUUAUCAGAUGACAUCCACUCUGAUUUGGAGAACAGCCCUAAAUUUGUUGAGAAAGAGGACUUCGAGUCUCAACCCAAGAGACAGUUCAAAACAGCUGAGAUUGCAGAUGCGGUGAUGGGGACCGAAAUACCAAUCGAUAGGAGUGAUAUUGAAUCGCUCUUCCCCAAAAAUGUGAAGGACUUCCAGACUGGCUUCUCACCGCCUUGUGAUGAGAACGAUGUGCAGUGUAGUGGUGGGUCUGCGUUGGCUAUGGAUGAAACAGCACUGGAGAAGGACACGGCAUCACCAGAGCAGGUUACUUUAGACAUGGUGCACGUGGAGGUGGAGGAUCAGAACUCGACAGAAGCAGCCAAGACCUACAAAGUCAACUGUGACAAGAGGAACAUCACGGGGAUGGGCUACUUCACAGUGAUGGUCCUCAAUGCUUCACAGGACUUGAUGGAGUUUCUGAAUGCCAACAGCACAGAAUGCUCUGUGGUGUUGUUCUUUACCACAUGGUGCCAGUUCUCUGCCAGACUGGCCCCUCACUUCAAUGCCUUGCCCCGCGUUUUUCCCAGCAUUCACUUUCUGGCACUGGAUGCCUCUCAGCACAGCAGUUUGUCUACUCGGUUUGGAACAGUUGCUGUGCCAAACAUUCUGCUGUUCCAAGGCGUCAAACCCAUGGCUAGGUUCAACCACACUGACAGGACCCUGGAGACGCUCACCUCUUUCAUAGCUAACCAGACAGGGUUUGAAGGGAGCCCUGACAGAAACGUGACAGAUGCCGACCGUUCAGGGCCCCUGCUAAAUGUCCCAGUAAGGAGCAUCGACUGGCUGCUGGUCUUUUCUGUUCUGUUCAUCAGCGGUUUCUCACUCUACGCUGUCCUACGGACAGACAGCAUCCGUUGGCUCAUACCGGGACAGGAGCAUGAACACCAGGACUGAGACUACACAGACUUCAAAAUGAUUUGGAUUGUAAAUUAUUAUUUGUUGAAAAAAAAAAGAAGUUUAGGUUUUACCAUUUUAUUUGCUUAUGUUUCAAGUGUUUGGUGACUUAAAUAAAUUGUAUAUAGAUUA